CUAAAUGCAGCCCAGGGUAUUUUGUGCAAGGCAACUUGUCCCUUGUGUGCCAGCCUUGUGAUUAUGGCAGCUACCAGCCAAACGAAGCAGAGUUUGAAUGUUUACCCUGUGGGGUUAACUUUACUACAGAAAACACAAAUUCAACAAAUGCGUCUAUGUGUC